CUUCCUCGGGCUCGUCCACUUCUUCUCAUCCCACCAUCAACCCAAUCCCCACUACUACGCCCAUCAUGUCAGGUCAACGCCAACCAAUUUACCUCCGCUGCGAGAUGAAGACGGCGGAGCACCGUGCUGCCUUGACCCCGACGACGGCAAAGAAGCUCAUCGACGCGGGCUUCGACGUUACCGUUGAGCGCGACCCUCAGAGGAUCUUUGAUGAUGAGGAGUAUGAGCAGGUCGGCUGCACCCUUUCCCCGCACAACAGCUGGCCCUCUCUCCCUUCUCACAUCCCCAUCCUCGGCCUCAAGGAGCUCCCUAGCCCCGGUCCGCCCCUCCCUCACACGCACAUCCAAUUCGCGCACUGCUACAAGCAGCAAGGCGGAUGGGUCGACGUGCUCAGCCGCUUCAAGCAGGGUGGAGGCAAGCUGUACGAUUUGGAGUUCCUCGAGGAUAGCAAUGGGAGGAGAGUCGCCGCCUUUGGAUGGCACGCCGGCUUCGCGGGGGCUGCUUUGGGUCUCCUCUCUUUGGCCGAACAAGCAAAGGGCGCUCGCCUCGGCCCGCAGACUCGCUACCCCAACGAGGAGGAGCUGAUGAAGGUGGUUCGCUCCCAAGUCGAGUCGUACCGCCAGACACGCAAGGAUGGCAAGGUCAAGGCUCUCGUCGUUGGCGCUCUCGGUCGCUGUGGUCGUGGAGCUGUGGACUGCCUGCAAAAGGCCGGCCUGAAGGAUGAGGACAUCGUCAAGUGGGACAUCCAGGAGACGAGCGCUAAGCCUGGUCCCUAUGCUGAGUUGAUGGAAGUGGACCUCUUUGUUAACUGCAUCUACCUCAACAAGAAGAUCCCUCCCUUCCUGUCCCGCGAGUCCAUCUCUUCGGCAGGCGCGGAGCGCAGGCUAGGCUGCAUCGUCGACGUGUCAUGCGACACGACGAACCCGAACAACCCUCUCCCCGUCUACGAUAUCAACACGACCUUCUCCUCCCCUACGGUCGACGUCGACGGGCUCGCCUCGGGCUGCGAGCCGCUCACUGUCAUCUCCAUCGACCAUCUCCCGACGCUGCUGCCUCGCGAGGCGAGUGAGGCAUUCAGCACAGAUCUGCUGCCCAGCCUCCUCCAGCUGCCCAAGGCGCUUCAGGCCAAUGGAGGCGAGGAGCUCAACCUUCCCGAGGGAGAGGGAGCCGUGUGGAGUAGGGCGGAGAGGUUGUUUAGGGAGAAAUUGGGCGAGGCGGAGAAGGAGGGUGCGUAG